UAAAGAGAGAAAGGGGAAAGAAAAUUAAAAAAAAAAAACCCAAACCAAACCAAACGUUUAGAUUCAUUUCUCGGGAGAGAGAACCAUUCGCGCUUUUCCUCUUUUCUUCCUCUUUUUUUUUUUUUUUCUCUCUAACAGCGACGAUCGAUUGAAUUAAAUAAAAAAAGAAAAUUUAUAUUUGCGGUCAGAUCUGCGGUUUCAAUUUCGAUUUAAUCAGGGCUGCUUCAUUUUGAACCCAGGCAACGAUGAAGAAGGCCUUUGGUCAAACUGUUAGAGACCUUAAGAGAGAGGUUAAUAAGAAAGUUCUUAAAGUUCCGGGAAUAGAGCAGAAGGUUCUUGAUGCCACUAGCAAUGAGCCCUGGGGUCCUCAUGGAUCACUUCUGUCAGAUAUUGCAAUGGCUACAAGAAACUAUCAUGAGUACCAGAUGAUUAUGGCAGUACUCUGGAAACGUAUUAAUGACACUGGAAAGAACUGGCGUCAUGUCUACAAGGUCCAGGCUUUGACUGUUUUGGACUACCUUGUCGCCCAUGGAUCAGAGCGUGUCAUAGAUGACAUAAGAGAGCAUGCGUAUCAAAUAUCAAAUUUGUCCAAUUUUCAGUAUAUUGAUUCCAGUGGAAGGGACCAAGGUAGCAAUGUCCGAAAAAAAUCUCAAAGCCUUGUGGCCCUUGUAAAUGAUAAAGAAAGAAUAAUUGAAGUAAGACAAAAGGCUGUGGCUAACAGGGACAAGUUUCAAAACACAUCAGCGGCUGGAAUGUAUAGGCCAGGUUCAGGGGGAUAUGGCGACAGAUAUGAUUAUGAUCGAUAUGGAAGCAAGGAAGAGUAUCAGAAUGGUUAUGGAAGAGACAGGGAAUAUGGCUAUAGAGAUGAUGAUCAGUAUGGAAGAUAUGGGGAUUCAAACAGUGGAGAUGGAGAUCGUUAUGGUAGAGGAGAUUAUGAAGAUCGCUACAGCAGAGAUGGCUACAGGGAUGAUGACUACAGAGGUAGAAGUAGAAGUGUUGAUGAUGAUCAAUAUGGCACAAAUAGGAGCUCUGAUAGAGACUGUGCUUUUGAUGAUGAUGGUGCUUCAUCUCGGGGUAGUGGUGCUAGAGCUGAUGAUCAUUCUCAGGAUGGAAGGAAGCAUGAGCGGAAGUUUUCUGAACAAAAUAUUGGUGCUCCUCCCAGUUAUGAAGAAGCAGUAAGUGAAUCUCGGAGUCCUGUCCAUAGUGAAAGGGAUGGAGAAAUUUCAGUUGCAGCUGCUCCCAGGGUUUCUUCUCCUUCUGCUGGCAAUAAUCCUAACCAAGCAGCUUCUGAUUUUGGUAAUUCAGCAUCUCCUCCAAAUCAAAAAGUGGAGGCUUUUGAUGAAUUUGAUCCACGGGGUUCAGUUUCAGCUGCCUCUACUGUUGCUCCUGCUGCUACACCCACCGCUGCUACUGCUGUUCCCAUUGCUUCAACCAGUGCUGAAAUAGACUUACUUGGUACUCUGUCAGAUUCAUUGGCCGUUGUGCCAACUAUACCUACAAUCCCUGCUGGUGAUGCCGAUGCCCAUGCUAAAUCUGUUGCUAUACCCACCUUUGCUGCUAAUCAAUCGGCACCUGACUUUGGAAAUCAGGGUUUUGAUGAUCCAUUUGGUGAUGGUCCUUUUAAAGCUUUCCCUUCAACUGAUGCUGGCCCAUCACAGCUACACAUUUCAACUUCGAUGCCUACCUUCCAGCCUACAUUAAAUCAAAAUGCUGAAGUUCCUCAGCCACCUUCUGCAAAAUCCGAGACAGUCACAGACUUCAACUUUGGGGACUCAUUCUCUGCCAAUCCUUACUCUGGGCUCAGUGUCUCCAGUGUUCAGCCUCCAUCAGCAAACUCUCAGUUUUUGCCUCAGGAGCUGUCAACUCCAAAUCAGGAAACUGAUAUAUUGGCGGAUAUCCUUCCACCUUCUGGACCUGCAGAUGAUGUAGCUUCUUUUGCAGCCUUUUCAUCACAAACCAGCCAAUCUGCAACACCAGUAGCUACUUAUGGCCAAUCAGCACAGCCAGGUAUCUAUGGUCAACAGGCACAGCCAGGUGCUAAUAUGUACAGCCAACCCACACAGCCAAGUGCUAAUCCAUAUGGCCAACCUGCACAGCCAAGUACUAAUCCAUAUGGCCAACCCGGGCUGCCAAGUUCUAAUGCAUAUGGCCAAUCCGCACAGCCAAGUGUUAAUCCUUACGGCCCCCCGGCACAGCUAAGUGCUAAUCCAUAUGGCCAGCCUGCACAGGCACCUGCUAAUCCAUAUGACCAACCUGCACAGCCAAAUGCUAAUCCAUACAGCCAACCCAUGCAGCAAAAUGCUAGUCCUUAUGGCCAACAUGUGCAGCCAAAUGCUAAUCCAUAUGCCCAACCCACGCAACCAAGUUCGAAUAAUACAUAUGAUAAUUUUUACCCACAGACUGUGUCUAUGACUCCUCAAAUUCCAGGAUCUGCUGCACAGAGCAGCAAUGGGAGCAUCAUCUCUCAGAUAGGUUCUAAUGCUCCUGUCAGUUCACACAUGGCUGCUCAACCUCAAAAUCCUGCUGGACCAGCUGUCGAGUUUAACACUGGAAACGUCCUUCCACAGCAGGGUUCUGUUGUACCUGUUGCUUUGCAGAGUGCUCAUCAAUCCACAAAGGCACCAGGUUCCCAAAAUAACAAUGAUGCCCUAGGUGGCUUAUUUUCACCACCAGGAUCAACCACUUCGAUGGUACUACAGACUGCUCCUCCCUCGUCAACAGGAGCACUUGCUAUAGUUCCACUACCAUCAAAGGAUAAAUUUGAGCCAAAGUCAGCAGUUUGGGCUGAUACAUUGAGCAGAGGACUCGUCAAUUUGAAUAUAUCUGGACCUAAAAUAAACCCAUUGGCUGAUAUUGGAGUCGACUUUGAUGCUAUUAAUCGGAAGGAAAAAAGGAUGGAAAAGCCUGCCCAGACCGCAGUAACAUCUACUAUCACCAUGGGUAAAGCUAUGGGAUCUGGGUCUGGGAUUGGUCGUGCUGGUGCUAGUGUUCUUAGACCUCCAGCAAAUCCUAUGAUGGGUUCUGGCAUGGGCAUGGGCAUGGGAAUGGGAAUGGGUGUUGGUCCUGUGGGGGGCAUGGGCAUGGGAGGCUAUGGUGGUAUGAAUCAACAACCUAUAGGCAUGGGAAUGGGGAUGGGGAUGAAUAACAUGAGCAUGAAUCCGGGCAUGGCGAUGAAUAUGGGAAUGGGGCAAGGAGCCCAGAUGCAACCGCAAACUGGAAUGCCUGGCAGUUAUAACCCUAUGAUGGGAUCGGGUGGCUAUUCUCAACAGCCAUAUGGUGGCGGUCAUCGAUGAGAAUGAGUUGCCUCCCCAGACAGGAUACAUGCUUUUGAUACAGAGUAAUAGAGAUUGGAAUAGCAAACCCAGGCAUUGCUGUUGAAUUCCUGAGUCAAAGCUGUAAUUUUGUGGUCACAAAUUCUUUUGGGCACUGGCCUGAUAUGAUUCACUGUUUGGGCCACAAGAGUCUUUUGGUUCGUUGGCUGGUUUGAGCUGUUGUGAAUUUGUGUAGCAACGAGGGACAACCUUUCUCAAUUGGCCUUUUUGAUUUGUUUUGUUUUUUCCUCAUUCUUCCAUAUAAUAUAUAUUUUUACCUGUUGAGUAUUUGUAGUAAGAUUGGCUACGAGAUGGAACAAUAAAUCUAAUCAUUCAUUUUUUCCAUCA